GUUUUGAUUGUAUUGAUGUGAACGGUGUGAAUUGUGAGAGUAAACGAGAAUAAAUUGGAUAAAUUAUUUUUCAGCAUUUGUAGUCUGAGAUGUUUUUCCCAUAUGCUCAUGGCAACAGCAAAACAGUGUGGCUCUACAUAGCGUGGUUGACAACAUUACUUCUUAUUCCUCAUGCCUCAUUACAGGAUUCAGCUCAGAUUGAUGGAGCCACUGCCUGUGAAUGUGACCUGAUGGCUGACCUCUGUGACCCAGACUGCUGCUGUGAUCCAGACUGCGAGGACUCCCCGGCAUGUCCUCCGUCCGACCCGCUGGGAGCGCUGUCGGCGCUGCGCUGCUCGGCUCCGGCGGCCGGCCAGUCGCCGUGGCACGUGCUGCUCUGCCUGUCCGCGGACCGCUCACCGUUCCUGGGCCAGUUCCACUCCGCUCCGGCUCCUGCUGACAUGGAGCUGUACCGCCGCUCCAAACCGCACUGGCCGGAGACGAGCGGCGGUGGAGGGGGAGGCGAGGGGGACGGCUACCGCUCGGGGUCCACCCUGCUGACCCCGUCUGGCCUACCGCUGCGGCUGCCGCGGACACUACUGGACGGCCGCUGUGCGCCCGCCGUGCCCGUGCCGUUCCUACGGCCCACCACGGCCCGCUGUCCGGUCACAGACGUACGCAGCUCCUGCCGAGAACGCUCCCCACUGGACCCGAGCGGCUACGAUCAGUUAUCUGUGCUAGCCGGCCGGUCGGGAGCGGUGGUUACCGCCCGCAUGCAGCGCCUCUGUGGGUCCGCCAGCAACGAACAGGUGACUCAGUGCCCGUCGCGUCCGAUCGCGCUCGACGGAGACGUGUGUCGUAACGCGUUAGUGAACCUGGUGCUGGUGUUCUCGUGGAAUGGCUCCCAGGUAGUGGAUGCGACCGUGAAUGUGACGGUGGCGGACCUGGCUGUGCCGAACGGACGAGUGAACGUGACCCAAACAGUGGCGGUCAGCUUCCGCCACGUGGCGGCAGGGAACAGCACCGCGCCCUCGCCAGAGGGCAGUGCGGCGCGGCGCCUCGGAAAGACGGGAUACCACCGAGACGAUGUCAUCAUCUCAUCAACUGAGCCGGUGAACGUCACCUCUGCUGACCUGCCCGCCGACCAGCUUGGCCCGCUGCUGACACUUCAGUCAGGUCAGUCACGGCUGUCUGUCAGGGCAGUACAUACACGCCAAGGUGCGGUACUGCCUCGCCCGUCACAGGGCUGCCGUGCAAAGGCAAAAACGCAUAUCUAACAUUUUUCUGUCAGCACAAAAUUUUACACAGGGGCGAGUUUUGUGUUUUUCGGUCAUUGUGGUCUUCCAUUGACCAGAAGCGCAGCAAUGUAUAUAUCAUUUGAAACAGAAUAACGCGUUCUACCUAUGUACAUGCGUAUCAUAGUCCAAAAGUAAUAAAUAUUCAUAUAAUUACAUAAAAGUUUUUCUGCCAUUGCAAUAUUUUCUUUGCGGGGGUGACCCAUGCCAACGACAAACGCGUAUCUGGGCAAAUCCACACAACGGUAGAUAUGCGUAUUUGCCACUCGGCACAAGGCGGUAGCACUAUGGCAAAUACGCGUGUUGGGAGAUAUGCGCACGUGCCAUUGGACACAGACGCCACAGCUAGCUGGAAAAGAGACGUAUAGUAAGAUGUGCAUAAUUGCCACAAUCGUCCUAUCGGACUAGACAACUAACAUAUUGGAUGAUACGCUUGUUGUUUCGUGGCUCGUGCAUACAAAACUUAUGCCCGUAAAUACAUAUGCACACGUAACUGACCACACCCUGUGAUCAAUACGGGAGAUGCAGAUUCACAUAGCUGGCAAGACGUUUGUGCGUUGGUAUACAUAAUGUUGUGACGCUGUCGUGGAUCCUCACGCAAGUGCCUGGUUCCGUAAAAAGGUUGCCGGCCUUUUAACCCUCGCACUUAUAGAGCGGGGGAGGGGUCGUAUGGAGUAUGGACCCCUCGGUUUUUCGAGACCGCCAAAAAGCGGCCGAUCGCAACAAAACUUUACUUACCCUUGAGUUUAGAAAUUUUACACCUACUCGAAACAAUCUGAUGACCUUGACCCAAAUGACCUUUGAGCUGUGACUUAUUUCUCAAGACCGUGUUUGGCCGAAAUCGCGAUUCGGCGUAUAUCAACUCACAUUAUCCGCGCGUUUCCAGUCUUCCAGGGGGGGGGGGAGUGUUUAAGGUCCAAUGAGUUCCUUCAAGCACAGGGCCUCGGCUAAGGAAAUUUGACUACUGGGGCAAAUCGUCAAAGUGUGUUGGCGCCCUGC